UCGUGGCCAUAGAUUUGUGAUCCCCUUCUUUUGCGUCUUGCUUUUGACCUACCACUCUAUAUCUAAGCCAUCACUGCCCUUUAACAAGCUUCCCUUUUUCUUUGCCUUCUCUAUCUCUAAAACAGAGUAGGAGUAUUGAAGAGAAGAACAUAGAGAGAGAGAGAGAGGGUUUUGGGGUGCUCUGAGGAACGGAGAGAAGAGAUUAAAGGAGGCUGAUUAGAGAGAUUUUAUGUCGGCUUGUUUUGAUUUGGUGUUGAUUGGGGCUCUGUUGCAGCAGCUCUGGAUUUUAUCUUCAAAUUCUUCUUCUUGCUCAAAGGCUUGUUCUGCUAUCUGCUGUAUGCUCUUCUGCUGGUUCUGGCAGAGAUUCAGCCUCGUGUAUCCGCCGGUUUCGAUGAGUUUGAAACCCAUAAGGGAUUGUUCUGGAUUACAAAGCUUUCAGCCUUUUCAUAUAAAGCGAUUUUCUUUCCUCUUCUUAUUCUUGAGAGUGGAUCUUACCUGAUACCGCCCUGAUCUUGAAUCUCAUCACCAAUUUUGAUCCCUUUUUUUUUUUAAUUUUUUUUUUUCUGGAUAAAAAUUUUGGGGGGUUUUGGAGAGUGUUAUCUUUUAACCAGUUUCGAAAAUGCCGGAGCCUCGUAAUCCACGGCUGAAUCAACGGAAUAGUUUCAAGAAGUCUAAGAGGGAACAGCUGUUUCCUGCUGAAGAGCCCAAGAUGGUGAGGAAGGUUCGGAUAAUCUGCUCCGAUCCUGAUGCUACUGAUGACUCAUCUUCCGAAGAUGAAGGAAUUGAUAGAAAACUUCACAAACGCAUGGUGAAGGAAAUCACUCUUCCGUUUAAUUUCACGCGCCCAUCUAAGCUUGUUGUUGAGCCCGAGGGUUCUUCCAACAAUGGAGUCAAAACCCCAACGCCUAAACCCAAGUUGGGGGUUUUGGCUAAAACCUCGAAAAAAUCAUCCAAUUCGCCCUUUCGAGGUGUGAGGCAAAGAAAAUGGGGCAAAUGGGCGGCUGAAAUUCGUGACCCUUUCAGCAAGACUAGGGUCUGGUUGGGAACCUACAACACUGCUGAGGAUGCUUCCAAGGCCUACGAGGAAAGGAGGCUCUACUUCGAAAAGAUGCUCUCUUUGGCCACAGCUUCAGAGGUCAGCUCUGAGAAAAGCAACACCACCACCACCUCUUGUUCUGCCGUCGUCUCUCGGUCGGUCAACAACACCCAACAACCUGCUGUUUCAUCCGAGGAGGAAUCUGACUGCGUCUACUCCCAAAGGUCUCCGGCUUCAGUUCUGGAUGUUGAGACCUGUGCUUCCAACAACAUUCGCAGUGGUGGUGAUUUGGAGAAUGGUGGUGAUAUGGAGACUGAAGAUGUUGGGACUAAUGCCCUCGGGGAGCUGCCAAUUCCCAACGACUUGGGAUUCAUGGACGAGCAGCCAUUUGGGCCGGAGCUCAACUUUGAUGGGAUUGAACCAGUAAGCUUUCAAGCGGAGAUCGACUCGCUUCUUCUGGAUGAAAUUGGGCAGUUUUUCAACGAUUUUGGUAGCAUUGAUGAUGUCCAUAUUGGUGGCUUUGAAGGAAAUGAGCCCAGCAAUCUUCCUGAUUGUGACUUUGGGGAUCUUGGCAAGGAGGACUUUGCUUGCUGGAUGACUGAAACCUCCAACAUACAAUGCCAAUAAGUUUUGCAGCUAGAUAUCUAGUUUAAUCUCUGUUAUUAUCAUUUAAGUUAUCGUUUUUAAAGCCUGUAGGUGAAUCCCAUGAACUCUUAACUUGGGUUCUUGAGAGAGUGGUUUAUGUGAGAGUUUAUUUAUUAAUUUGUUUGUUCAAGCGAGAUUAGAGGCAUGUGCAGCAGCAGCAGCAUUGUAGGGUUUAAGUAUAAGUCCCUUGGGUUUUCUUGUGCUAUUAGAGCUUUCCAAAGGGUUUAUGCUUAUCUGGAUCUAGAUGAGAGUCUCUGCACAUGUUCUCUUUAUCUCUUCCUUCCCCCGGUGAUGUAGCAAGUAUGAAAUGAGUUAUUGCAGUUAAUUUUCUCA